GUUUAGAUGUACGCCAGCAGUCGGAGGCAAUAGAACGUGCAAUCGGAGCUAUCUCUCUAGCUGCAGGAUCUCAAGGAGCGCAUUUGUGGCUGUGAAGGAUACCCCUAUAAGCAAUCAACCAUGGAAACGGCAACAAGUGCGAGUGCCAGUGCGACUGCCAGUGUGAUUCAGGAGAUAAAACAUCCUUGGAUGAUGGCAGAUCCGUGGUUCAUGGUCACCAUGCUGGGGAUAUAUCUGUACUUUGUUAAGGAGCAAGGUCCACUAUUUAUGCAGUUCCGCAAGCCCUACGAGCUCAAAAAGCUGAUCAUAGGCCACAACGUGGUGCAGGUCCUCUCCUGCAUAUACGUCCUUAGAGAGAUUUCCUAUCUGUCGGACAAUGCCAUAUACAUUUUCUGGAAAUGCCGAGACCUGGGCAGCAGUCCCGAAAUGGUGAGGCGCUACUUUGAGCUGGCAUACUUCCUCUUCUGGCUAAAGACGUCGGAGCUUUUGGAGACGGUGAUCUUUGUGCUGCGCAAGAAGCAGAAUCAAGUGUCGAAUCUGCACAUUUUCCAUCACUUUUCCACCCUGACGCUGAUCUACAUUCUCAUACACUACAACCGGAAUGGUCUUGCUGCUUACUACGUCGUCUUCCUCAACUCCCUUGUGCACAUAAUCAUGUACUCGUAUUACUUGGUGACAGCGGUGGCCGAUAAGGGCGUUAUCCGCGCGCUGACUCCCGUCAAGAAGUCCAUUACGGUGAUUCAAAUGGUGCAGUUUGGCCUCAUAUUGACCCAGGUGGCGUUCCAGACUGCAAUUUGCGGCAUGCCAAAAGUAGUAUUUGGCUACUUCACGUUUGUCAUCAUGGUCAUGUUGUAUGGCUUUUACGACUUUUACACGAGAGCCUACAAGAGUCCGCCGCAAGGCAAGAGCCACGCUUCUGUGGAGUAGAUAUAUGAAUAUGAACAAUACAUGCGGACCAACAAA